UUCGCCUGCCAAAACAAAACAAACAAGCAGCGCUCUGGCUUGUUAUUCAGCUCAGAUUCACUGUCUCCGUUCACAGUUGGGCGUGUUAAGAUUUUGUGAAUUUUCUACUCCUGGUUUAAAUAUAUUUUACAUUGUUAAUUUUGACGUUGUGAAACUGAAUCUUUAACAUGAACUUUCGAAAUGUUAUGUGGACACCCAUGCAACCUAUGAAAAGUACAGUAGACUCAUGUUUUAAUCCGUGUUUCAAUAAUUUGUUUUGAUAAUCUGUGCGUUUAAUACAGUACAUUAUCGAAAUGUAUUGGUGCAGAUAUCAUCAGAUCUAUGCAGAAGCGGGUAUUCGCGUGCUUUAUUAGUGCAGAAAUCAGCGUAUCUGUGUGGAAGCGGACGGUCAUCAUUUAAUUUAAUUCAAUUCAGUUAAAUUGGGUCUCUGUCAUUGCCAUUGAAGCUGAGGAAGAUGAGAAGGAGCUUGAACAUAAUGAACUGCAAGUAAGUGACAGCAUUGAAAGUGACUCUUGGGAUUAAUAGAUGAUAAUAAUAGAAAACAUCCCUGCCCACCAUUUAUAUUAUUAUUAUUACUUAUUAGUGUUAUUAUAAUACUGCACAUGGUGAACGAUAAUGUAACGUUAGUGUUUUAAAAUAUUAUUAUACACAUAAUCAGCAUAAGAGUGAAACAUGAGGCUGUGUUGGCGGAUGAGGUGACCAAGGGAAGCAUGUAGAUAUUGAAGAGAAGGGGCCCAAGAACAGAUCCUUGGGGGACACCACAAGUGACUAGGUUUGCAACACCACUGCGUCCAGCAUAGAAAACAGACUGCAUGCGUCCGGAUAGGUAAGAAGACAGAUUCCAGAGAUUCUAGCAUACUUCUGAAGGUGGUCAAGAAAAAUGCCAUGAUCUAUGGUGUCAAAAGCGGCUGUUAGGUCAAGGAGGACAAGCACAGAGGUGAGCACCAGCAUCAGCAUUGAGCAGGAGGUCAUUCACAAUCUGUAGCAGAGCAGUUUUAGUACUGUGAUGUGGCCAGAAACCAGACUGUAGAGAUUCAAGCAGGUUGUUGUCUGUGAGAUGUUUCAUCAGCUGACUGGCUACAGCCCUCUCGAGAGUUUUUGAGAGAUAAUGGAGAUUGGAGAUGGGACGGAAAUUAGAUAAGGGGUCAAGGGAGGGUUUUUUGAGUACAGCCGUAACUCUGGCAAGCUUAAGGGCAGCAGGAAACGAGCCAGAGUCCAGGGACAGGUUGAGAGUGUGCAUAAUGGAGGGAGCAAGAUCAGAAACGGAAAGGUUAGUCGGCCAGGGGUCCAGGGGGCAUGUGGUAGUAGUUGAUUUCAACAGUAAGCCGGAAACAUCAGCGAUGGAGAGAGGAGAGAAGGAGGAGAGGGCAACUGGAGGAGCGUCAAUGUGGUCAAGUAGUAGACUGGGUUUGUGGUGGGUGAGCGUAGAAUAGAUGUUGUCGAUUUUUGUUUUCCGAAAGAAAGAGGAGAAAUCUUAACAGGUAAGAGAGGAGGAUGGACGGGAGUUGGAUCUGUUGGUGGCUGGAUGUAGGAUUUGGUCCAUGGUCUUAAAGAGAACAUUGGGUUUACUGUGUCCCUUAGUUUUGAUUUGUAACCUCAAUUUUUAAAAACAAACUCUACCACCAGCUCAUGAACACAACAAAAACAGCAUUAAUACCAAAACAACAAUGGCCUGCAGAUUUGCAGAAUACAGGGAGUAAUAAUGUAUGGAAGACAAGCUUAACUUAAACACUACAUGACAAGUUUAUCGGAAUUACCUCGGCCACACGCCUUAUGUGGGAUGUUAGGGAGACAUUGAUAAAUCACUGAAGCUACUGUAGCACUCUUGUGAUUUAUGUCACCAUAAAGCCUUGAUAGGAUUACAACCUUAUUAUGCAGUUGAGUGUACAUUAUACCUUAUUACUAUUAUGAAAAUAGAUUUUUUUUAAAAAGGGUUUUUUUAUCUCUGAUAACAUGCAGUCCUGCCCUUGAUACCAGGGAGCAUGCUGACAUAAUCUAGUCGAGUGAAGGUCUAGCCAAGAGGGAGGAGUUCUGUUACACUCCUUAUUUGGAAAGUGGUCACAUGGGGCCAGUAUCUAAGCGAGGUGAAAAAGCUAACUUAGUUCUGUAUUAGAAACUGAGAUACAGAGAGACAGAAAGCACAUGUUUCAAAAUGCCUACCAACUUCACAGUUGUCCCUGUGGAAGACGGGGCAAAGUCUGACCAGGAUGGUGGUGAGAACAACCUGAAUGUCAGAGAACAGGAAGGACUGGAUUUCUUUCCUGGGGCCUUCUCAGGGGAUGGAAACCCACAAGAAAGUAGCCCCUUUAUUAACAGCUCUGACCUUGACAGAGGAAACCUCUAUGAUGGGAAGAACAUGGCACUGUUUGAGGAGGAGAUGGACAGUAACCCCAUGGUGUCGUCACUUCUCAAUAAACUGGCAAAUUACACUAAUUUGACUCAGGGUGUGGUCGAACAUGAAGAGGCUGAGAAUAAUGAGGGGGCCAGGAAGAAGGAAAUUAAAAGUCCCCGAAUGGGUACCUUCAUUGGAGUGUACCUGCCGUGCUUGCAGAACAUUCUGGGAGUGAUCCUUUUCCUCCGUUUCACCUGGAUUGUUGGAACAGCUGGCAUCCUUGAGUCCUUCGCCAUUGUCUUCAUGUGCUGUUCUUGUACUAUGCUUACUGCUAUAUCAAUGAGUGCAAUUGCAACAAAUGGUGUUGUACCAGCUGGUGGUUCGUACUAUAUGAUUUCAAGGUCGCUUGGUCCAGAGUUUGGAGGGGCAGUGGGACUUUGCUUUUACCUGGGGACAACAUUUGCUGGUUCAAUGUAUAUCCUUGGUACCAUUGAAAUUCUUCUGACCUACAUUGUUCCAAAUGCAGCCAUAUUCAAAGGUGAAAAUGGUGGAGAGUCAGAGGCCAUGCUUAACAAUAUGAGGGUCUAUGGAACCUGUUGUAUUAUUUUAAUGGCCUUGGUAGUUUAUGUUGGAGUCAAAUACGUGAACAAACUGGCACUGGUGUUCCUAGCCUGCGUGAUGCUUUCUAUUUUUGCGAUCUAUGCUGGUGUCAUCAAAAGUGCCUUUGAUCCUCCUGAUUUUCCAGUAUGUCUUCUGGGAAACCGGAUCUUACUAAGUCGCAACUAUGAUGUGUGUGCGAAGGUUGUAAUAGAAGCAAAUGAAACCGUGACCACCAAGCUCUGGAGCCUGUUCUGUGAUAGUCCUUCCCUCAACGCCUCCUGUAACGAAUAUUUUAAGAUGAAUAAUGUCACAGAAAUAAAAGGAAUCCCUGGACUUGCCAGUGGAGUUAUAACUGAUAAUCUCUGGAGGGAUUAUGGACCACAGGGAAUGUUGGUAGAAAAGAAAGGCCAGCCUUCCAUCUCUGCACCAGAUUCAGAAUUCACUUCUCCCUAUGUGUCCAAUGACAUUGCAACCUUUUUCACUCUCUUGGUUGGGAUCUAUUUUCCUUCUGUCACAGGUAUCAUGGCAGGUUCUAACAGAUCAGGCGAUCUUAAGGAUGCUCAGAAGUCCAUCCCCGUUGGCACUAUUAUGGCUAUAGCAACCACCUCAUUUAUUUAUAUGUCUUGUGUUAUAUUGUUUGGUGCUUGCAUUGAAGGUGUGGUUUUAAGAGACAAGUUUGGGGAGGCAGUGAGUGGGAAUCUGGUGAUUGGUAUUUUAUCAUGGCCCUCCCCGUGGGUGAUUGUCAUUGGCUCUUUCUUCUCCACAUGUGGAGCUGGUCUGCAGAGUCUUACAGGAGCACCUCGGCUGCUGCAGGCCAUUGCAAGAGACGGAAUAGUGCCUUUUCUACAAGUGUUUGGCCACGGUAAAGCAAACGGAGAACCAACCUGGGCUUUGCUGCUUACUGCAGGCAUAUGUGAAAUAGGAAUUCUGAUAGCAUCUCUUGACCUUGUAGCACCUAUUCUCUCAAUGUUCUUCUUGAUGUGCUACAUGUUUGUAAACCUGGCUUGUGCUGUACAAACACUGCUUUGUACGCCUAACUGGAGACCCCGCUUCAAAUUCUACCACUGGACUCUUUCCUUCUUGGGAAUGAGCCUUUGUCUUGCCUUAAUGUUCAUCUGUUCUUGGUACUAUGCCUUGAUUGCCAUGUUGAUUGCUGGAUGUAUAUACAAAUAUAUUGAAUACAGAGGAGCUGAAAAGGAAUGGGGUGAUGGAAUCAGAGGCUUGUCUCUCAAUGCAGCUCGCUAUGCUCUGAUCAGGCUGGAGGAAGCCCCUCCUCACACAAAGAACUGGCGGCCCCAGUUGAUGGUGUUAUUGAACUUGGACUCAGAACAGAAUGUUAAACAUGCUAGACUUCUAUCAUUUACCACACAGCUGAAGGCAGGGAAAGGACUGACCAUAGUUGGGUCUGUGAUUGAGGGGACAUAUAUGGUAAAGCGCCCAGAAGCAAAACAGUCUGAGCAGAAUGUUAAGUCUGCGAUGGCUGCAGAGAAGACCAAAGGUUUCUGUCAUGUUGUGGUCUCCUCUAAUCUACGAGAUGGGUUUUCCCACCUCAUCCAGUCUGCAGGCUUGGGAGGAAUGAAGCACAACACUGUUCUCAUGGCCUGGCCAAAUUUGUGGAAACAACAAGAGGAUCCCAUCUCCUGGAGGAAUUUUAUUGAGACUGUAAGGGAGACGACUGCUGCACACCAGGCUCUACUGGUUGCUAAAAACAUUGACUCAUUUCCAAGCAACCAAGAGCGCUUCAGCAAUGGAACCAUUGAUGUCUGGUGGAUCGUCCACGAUGGAGGACUGCUUAUGCUACUGCCCUUCCUUCUUCAACAGCACAAGGUGUGGAGGAAAUGUAAAAUGCGCAUAUUUACUGUAGCCCAAAUGGUUGAUAAUAGUAUUCAGAUGAAGAAAGACUUGCAGAUGUUUUUAUACCACCUGCGACUUAAUGCAGAGGUAGAGGUAGUUGAAAUGCAUGAAAGUGACAUCUCUGCCUUCACGUAUGAAAAGACUCUGGUGAUGGAGCAGAGAUCUCAGAUGCUGAAGCAGAUGCAGCUCUCCAGAAAUGAAAGAGAACGAGAGAUUCAGAGCAUCACUGACGGGUCUCGUAGCUCCAUUAGAAGAAAGAACCACUCUAAUCAGUCUGAUGGCCAAGAUGAAAUUGUCAUACAGCUCGCUGACAAAGAGGAAGAGGCCCAGUUAAUCCACGACAGAAACACAGCAUCACACGCUGCCAUUAGCAAGAAGGUUGAUGCUGUUCCAGAUCGAGUCCACAUGACUUGGACCAAAGAGAAGUUCACUGCUGAAAGGAACAGAAACAGAGAACCUGCAGGAAUAGGGGUUAGGGACCUCUUCAACAUGAAACCAGAGUGGGAAAGUCUGAAUCAGUCAAAUGUGAGGAGAAUGCACACUGCUGUGAAACUUAACGAGGUGGUUGUAAAUAAAUCCCAGGAUGCUCAUCUGGUGUUGCUGAACAUGCCUGGACCGCCGAAAAACAAAUGUGGGGAUGAGAACUAUAUGGAGUUUUUAGAAGUCCUAACAGAGGGCCUCAACAGAGUUCUUCUGGUUCGGGGUGGCGGACGGGAGGUGAUCACUAUUUACUCCUAGGUUUGAUUUAAAGGAGAAACUGCGAAGAAAACACUACUCGGCACUCUUCGGUCAGUGGAUGCUGUCCAUUGGAUUUUGGACCUCAAAUAAAAACCUGCUUAGUGCAAAUGAUAUACCAGUGCAGUUAUAGCAAGUGAUGUUCACUUUGAAAGGAUGUGCUAUCUGGGAACAUGUAAUGAGAUGCUGGGAGUAAAACAGUAUUACUGUAUCUAUCUUUAUGAACAGCUGGUGCACCAGCCUGUGCAAAGAAAAGUGCGAUAGACCACUGUGUCAUUACAGAAUCCACAAGCACAUCUGCAUCAGUUAUGCUUUAUUUAGGAGUAUGCUCCAUCUAUACCUAUAUGUGAUAAAUUGCAUUAACAUAUUUUAGAACCAUUAAAUAAAUAUUUGUUUUAUUUAGUAGGCCAGAGGUCAAAAGGUCAAACAUGAGGUUAAAUACAUAUCCCUACAUGUUUAUAUAAAAUAAAAACCAACCAGCCGUUAGAAACUAGUAGAAAAUAACAUUAUUUUAGGUAUAUGGUUUUAUUUAUUUUUUUAAUAAAGCAUGUAUUGAGACCCCAGAAUAAUUUUGCACACUCCAUAUUUCACUCCUUGGUCUGAUGUAAUGCAGCCUGUAAUUCCUUGAACAUACACAAUAUUUAGUGAUGCAUUUCAAAUCCGGUUUAGCACCUUUGUUUUAAAUAGGAUGGUGAGUUUAUUGGCUUUCUGUAGGGCAGAUCUAUAGUUUAUUUUGACUCCAAUGCAUUAAUAUAAAUGUAAAGCAAUGUACUGCAAAUGUGCAUUUAAGUAAAUCUGUGAUUUUAAAAUCCAUGACUUGUUGCUGUUAAAGAACUCUUUUAAAUAAGGUUUACAUAUCCAAAAAAUGAUCUUUUGAAUGGUUAUUUAAUUGAAUUGAAUUGAAUUUGUUUGAUGUUUAUUAUUCCCUGUGCAUUUGUGUAGUGAAAAUUAAGUGAAAGUGAAAACAUGUGUUUCAGUGUUUUUGUUGUAACAAAGGAUGUGCAGUUUGUAGAUUUAUAGAAUAAUAAUUAGAGCAUUAAAACGAACACAUUCCAUACAAACUAAAGCAUAUCAUUUCAUGAAGAUAAAUGCAAAAAUUACAAGAACCGUAGAUUUGUCAAUACAUUUUGAGCAAUGCAAUAAUGUUGGAAUUUUAGUGUCAAACUAUUUUUUUAAUAAAUUUUGUUUUAAAAUAA